AUGGGCAGCACCAUGGAGCCCCCUGGGGGCGGCUACCUUCACAUGGGGGCUGUGACCUCCCCAGUGGGCACGGCCCGCCUGCUGCAGCUGGCCUUCAGCUGCACCACCUUCAGCCUAGUGGCCCACCGGGGCGGCUUUGCGGGCGUCCAGGGCACCUUCUGUAUGGCUGCCUGGGGCUUCUGCUUUGCGCUGUCAGGGCUGGUGGUGGCCUGCGAGUUCACCCAGCUGCACGGGUGCCUGCGCCUCUCCUGGGGCAACUUUACAGCUGCCUUCGCCAUGCUGGCCACCCUGCUGACUGCCACAGCAGCGGUCAUCUACCCGCUGUACUUCACCCGGCUGCAGUGCCCCCCUGAGCCUUCGGGAUGCACCACCCGGGACUUCCGCCUGGCGGCCAGUGUCUUUUCCGGCCUCCUCUUCCUGGCCUAUGCUGCCGAAGUGGCCCUGACCCGUGCCCGGCCCGGACAAGUGGCCAGCUACAUGGCCACACUGUCAGGGCUCCUCAAGAUCGUCCAGGCCUUUGUGGCCUGCAUCAUCUUCGGGGCACUGGUCUAUGACAGCCACUACGGGCGCUAUGUGGCCACCCAGUGGUGUGUGGCUGUCUACAGCCUAUGCUUCCUGGCCACGGUGGCUGUAGUGGCCCUGAGUGUGAUGGGCCACACAGGUGGCCUGGGCUGCCCCUUCGACCGCCUGGUGGUGGUGUACACCUUCGUAGCAGUGCUCCUGUACCUCAGUGCUGCGGUCAUCUGGCCCGUCUUCUGCUUCGACCCCAAGUACGGUGAGCCCUGGCGGCCCGCAGACUGCUCUCGAGGCAGCUGUCCCUGGGACAGCCAGCUGGUGGUAGCCAUCUUCACCUACGUCAACCUGCUCCUCUACGCCAUUGACCUGGCUUACUCCCAGAGGAUCCGCUUCGUGCCUGCCCUCUAGCUGCAGCUGCCGCCUGGGCUGGAGGGGGCAGUGUCCAGGCACCAG